ACUGAGUUUUGACGUUGACGCUGGCGGUCGGUUCGAAAACUACAAUUCCGAUUGUACCAGAAAUUAUAUUGGGCGCGUUUUGAAAAUACUUUAAUCUGUGUGUGUUUCUGUGUAAUUAGAGUGAGAAAUAACCCAAAGCUAACCAAACCAGAGUUCUGCACAUCACAUCUCGCAAACGCAACGAUAAUUUGAAAAAUAAAUAUCACGCGUGGAAAUGUCGCCGGCAGAUGACAACUCCUUUGCCACCACGAGUGGCAACAAAAAGGCCACCUACACUCUCAUAUGCAUCAAAGUUGUGGAGCUGUGCCUGUUAAUAUGCUGCCUUGGUCUGAUCGACGAGCCGGCCACCAACUCCCACCUGCGAGUGUUCGUCACGCCCCGUGUGAUGGCACUCUGCUAUGUGACCUUUGGAGCCCUGACCAUCUACACGGCGAUCUAUCUAAUUAUGGCUCUUGUCGGUGAUCAGACACCCUGGCGCACGGCUACGUUGUGGUCUCUGGUGGGAUUCUGUCUGUAUGUGGCCGUGACGGCUCUACUCUUCCGUGACUGGUCGACCACCAAGGAUCGCAACUACUGGCACCCGAACAUGCAUCGUCUGGACCUGGUGAUGGCCUCAGCCUCCAUUGCUUUGGUCACUUCCCUGGUCUAUCUACUGGACAUACUGCUCACCAUCCGCUUCGGCGUCCAUGGCGAUCUGGAAUGACAGGGCGACUUGCGUCGACUGUUAUAUUUAUAGCUCCAUCAUAGUCGUAAGCCCCAUCUCUUUGACCUGCUACCCAGUAAAUUGUAACCCCACGAAAUCUGUAAAAAGAAAAGAAACAUCAGAAUUGCCAUCAUCGAAAAAAAAAUGUACAAAAAGAAGUCCACGGAAGUUGAAAGAUUGUUUAAGCAUCGCCUGCACCCCGUUUUGUUUUCUUUUUAAGCCUCCACGAACGUUUUCUCUAAUCCAGCUAACAUUUAAGAAACGACACAAAUAAAUUGUUGCAUGAGA